GGUUUAAUAUAGUUAGAGCCUCCUGCUUCUACAGAAAGAUCUGAGAAUCCAGUGGGAGACUUGAGUUUGCGCUCUGGGGCCUCAGGCGCUGUGUGAGGCGCGUUCGCGGAGGCUCCCAGCCGUUCUUGGUUUCCCCCGCACUGUAAUAAAUAACGCCUCUAAAUCGUUUCUCAUAUUUCUGGGGAAAAAUGUAGAACCUCUGGACAAAUUAGUGAAAAUAAAAGUCCUGGCGAGAGUGAGUGAAGGGAUGGAUACCAGCGGUUGACCGAUUCAAUUUGUGUUGGGAAAACGUGACCAGCGUCCCAACAGCACCCUUGCCCGGGUUCGGGGCGUGGAAGGAGGAGAGGAGGGAUUCCCGCGUAGUGGUGAAGAAGUGGGGCUGUGGAGAUAGACAGCAUGUCUUUGAAUCCUAGUAUUGCUACUUAUUAGCCUCGGAACCUUGGGCUUCCAAAAGGAGAAAUUUGAGCUUUGCUGAAAGGCAUCAGAAAUUAGUAGAUGAAAACUACAGCAAAAAAUUGCAUAUGCAAGCGCUAAAAAAGAUAGAAAAUCAAGUCAGGGAUCUAAGAGUGAAGAAUGAAAAUGAUGACCGUGUUGAGCGCAAGAGAUUCCUCAGGUUAUUACAGAAUGAACAGUUCGAGUUGGAUAUGGAAGAGGGCAUUCAAAAGGCAGAAGAAAACAAAAGAUUGAGGGAACUCCAACUUGAACAAGAAGAAAAAUUGGCUGCAGAGUUGGCAAAACUAAAACAUGAAAGUCUAAAGGAUGAAAAGAUGAGGCAACAAGUAAGAGAAAACAGUAUUGAGCUCAGAGAAUUAGAGAAGAAAUUAAAAGCAGCGUACAUGAAUAAAGAAAGGGCAGCUCAGAUUGCUGAAAAGGAUGCCAUUAAAUAUGAGCAAAUGAAACGCGAAGCUGAAAUCGCUAGAACCAUGAUGGAGGAACAUGAGAGAGUGAUGAAGGAAGAGAAAGCUGCAGAGGACAGACGAAACCAAGAGAAAGCGCAGUGCUGUCGUGACUUAGAGAAACAACUCGAAGAACAAGAGAAAAAGAAGCAGGAAGCUUAUGAGCAGUUGUUGAAAGAGAAACUCAUGAUUGAUGAAAUCGUCAGGAAAAUCCACGAAGAAGAUCAAUUGGAAAGACAACAAAAGUUGGAAAAAAAGAAUGCAACUCGAAGGUAUAUAGAAGAGUUUCAGAAACAGCAGGCUGUCUGGAGACAAAAGAAACGUGAGGAGAUGGAAGAAGAAAAUAGAAAAAUUGUAGAGUUUGCCAACAUUCAGAAGCAAAGAGAAGAAGAUCGGAUGGCAAAAGUUCGAGAGUAUGAGGAAAAAAGACUACAGCUUCAGAAUGCGCUGACUCAGAAAUUAGAAGAAACACUGCGACAACGUGAAGAUUUUGAACAAGUGCAACAAGAAUUAUAUCAGGAAGAACAAGCUGAGAUAGAUGAGAGAAGACUAAAAGAAGAAGAAGAGAAAAAAUUGAGAAAGCAAAAGGAGAUGAAGCAAGACUUUGAAGAACAGAUGGCACUGAAGGAACUAGUACUGCAGGCUGUGAAGGAGGAAGAGGAGAUGUUUAGAAAAGCCACGCUGGCUAAACUGGCUGAGGACGAGCGAGUUGAAUUAAUGAAUGCUCAGAAACAGAGAAUGAAGCAGCUGGAACACAGGAGGGCUGUGGAGAAACUGAUUGAAGAACGUCGUAACCAGUUCCUUGCAGACAAAGAGCGUGAACUGGAAGAGUGGCGGUUGCAGCAAAGAAGACAAGGAUGUGUCAAUGCAAUUAUUGAAGAAGAAAGAAUCAAACUUCUCAAAGAACAUGCUGCACAAUUACUAGGCCAUCUCCCUAAAGGAGUAUUUAAAAAAGAGGAUGAUAUUGAUAUGCUUGGUGAAGAGUUCAGGAAAGCAUAUCAGAAAAGGAAAGAAGUUUGUGAAGAGAAGUGAUGUCGUCUGGAUUUAGUGAAACCGGGACUCUUCUGUAUGUUACCACUAGGUGUCAGCAUACCUUUUGUUUUACAGUUUGGGGACAUGGGAAUCCAUGAUCUAUUUGCAUUGUCUGAAAUAUUACUAUCGUAAUUUGUAAACAGUUAACUAUAAAAAAAAUUUUUAGUAAUAAAAUAUUACUGAAUAAUUUUUAUAGCAGCAAAAGUAAUUGCUUUUAGUCAAGCUGUUAUUUUUGUACUGAUAAUUAGAAGUUUUUUUUUUUUUAUUUAGAAGAUCUCAAUUUGACACCACAUUACAACAUGUCAUAUAUACCCGUUGCCAUCAAGUCAAUUCUGACUCAUAGCAACCCUACAGGACAGAGUAUAACUGCCCCAUAGUGUUUCCAAGGCCGUAAUCUUUACAAAAGCAGACUGCCACAUCUUUCUUCCACAUAACAGCUGGUGGGUUCAAA